AGAAAAAAAAAUUAUUGUUACCUUGCUACUUUUCUUUUUUUGGGAAGGCAACUGAACAAAACAUUUGGGCUAUCAAAUGUAUAGUGAGGUCCUUUGAGAUGGUUUAAGGACUAAAAAUCAAUUAUGCUAAGAGUCAGCUUAUGGGUGUUAAUGUGAAGGAAGGAUGGAAAGAAAAAAUGGCAUCCAGACUAUACUGUAAAGGUGAGGAUCUUCCUUUUAAAUAUCUUGGGAUCCCCAUUGGGGGAAGUCAUAGAAGAAUAGCAAUGUGGCGACCAUUGGUGGAAUCUGUGAAAAGGAAAUUAGCUCUAUGGAAAGGUCGGCAUCUCUCCUUUGGGGGACGCAUCACGCUCAUUAAUUCCGUGUUGUCUAGCUUGCUCGUGUUUCUGAUGUCAGUCUACCUACUUCCUAAAGGAGUGAGAGAGAUGAGGAAGUUCAACUUGGCUUUAAUGGGGAAAUGGUGGGGACGGCUAGCAAGUAAAGAACAGGGCUUGUGGGAUAAGGUCAUUGCUAAUAAGUAUGGUGGGAGAGGAGGCCAUUGGCUUGACUGGGUAAGGGAGGGAAGGGGAAUAGGAUCACUGUGGUGGAGGGAUGUGUGUUGUAUUAAUAAUGUGGAUGAGGAGAAUGAAGGGUGGUUAACAGAAAGGUUCAAGUUAAAAUUAGGAGAAGGAAAGGGAGAAAGAAGAAAGAAUGCUACCAAAUGCGCAAUGAGGAAAAUGGAACAUGCAAGUGGAACCUUGGAUGGAGAAGAGCCUUAUUCGACUGGGAAAGAGAGGAAGCUACAGAAUUACAAAGAAAGAUUGAUGGCGUGCGGAUAUAUCUGGACAGUCCCAACACAUGGAAGGGAGGUCGAGGACUCUAAUCACCUUUUUUUGAAGUGCAAGUUAACUAAGUGGCUAUGGAAAGCUUGCAGGAAAUGGUGGGGGAUUGCAGUUACUUUAGAAAAUGAUUGCUGGAAAUCCUUUGAGCAGUUUGGAGAAUGGGCUAAGGAAUCACGUGUAAAGGGAGGCUGGGAUUGUAUCUGGAACAUUGUGGUGUGGUCCAUAUGGCUUGCAAGAAACCAGACGAUAUUCUGAGAUUCCGACGUCAACAAAAGUAAGUUACUCGAACACAUCCAGCUGAAAUCUUUUUUGUGGAUUAAAGCAAGGAAAUCUAGAUGCUUGUUUAAUCUUUCUGAUUGGUUAAUCAAUCCUAUGACAUGUU